GAAUGAAUGAUAUGAAUAUCUGAGCUCAUUCUUUUUAUAACAGGAAACAAAUUUUUGGACGAUAAUACAUUCACAAAUAAGACAUGGUCGGAAGUUACAGGGAUGAAAGUGACAGAUUUAAAUAUAAUGGAAUUAGAAUUCCUAGAUGUACUUCGAUUUAGACUGUUUGUAAGGAAGGAUGAAUUUGAAAGAUGGAAAUCAGUCGUAUUAUUGUUUAGAAGCCAAUUAUUGAACGCAGAUGAAGCACAGAAACAACAACAGCUAAUAGAAGAAACAUUUAAGGGAAUUGUCAGCAUACAGCAACAACAACAACAACAGCAACAGAAUCAGCAGCAAUAUCAGCUCAUGCUCAUGCUAUCAAAAGCUCAAUUACCUCACUUCCCUACUCAACCCUUAAAUAGACCUUUAACCCGUGUACCUUUACGUAUACCACUACAGCCUGUUUGGAGACAUCAUCACCCGAUACCAAAUACAAACACAUCUCAAAAUACAUCCGACUAUUACCAUUAUCCAACAAGCGCUGCACCUACACCCUCUCUUACAACCACAAGCUCAGUUUCCAAUAAUAUGCCUUAUCAUCCUCAUCACCCUCACCAUCAACAGCCACAGACACAACACCAGCAGCAAACGAUGAGGCCUAUGAAUGCUUAUAGUAAUGGUUACUAUGCAAGUGCGCCAACACCAACAAGUAUAGAUAGUUAUUAUAGCAAUGGUAGCAGGCAACAACAGCCACCACCACAACAGCAGCAGCAGCAACAACAACCAAUAAGACCUAGUAGAACUUCCUAUUACACUGAACCAAUGAGUGACUAUACUCCACCUGCAGAUAUUUAUUCAAGGCCAGUGACUACGCCCGUAUCAGCAAAUCAUAAUCCAGGUUAUCAGCAGCAGGCUUAUAUGCCACCACCACCAUCUCAUCCUCAACAGCCACAACAACAGCCACAACAACCAGUCUACAACGGGAAUAAUGGCAGACAAUCCUAUAGAAGGCCGAACGGACCGGUACCAGAAGAUCCAAUGACAGCUAUUGAAUCUUAUCAUAACCACUUGAAGUAAAAUGAAUGUGAUGACAGAAGCAAAGUUUUUUUUUUUUUUUUUUCCUUUAGUAUACACACAUAUUCAUAUAUAUACAACAUACACACACACGGACACAAACGCAUAUUUAUAAAUAUAUAUAAUAUAUACAUAUAUACUCAGUUUUA